UGCUUACAAGGAUGUGGUCAUGUAUAUUGUCGACAAUGCUUAGUGUCUUAUAUUGAAACCAAAUAUGAUACAACAUUAAAUACUAAAGCAUUAAAAGUCACUUGUCUUGUUGAUAGUUGUAAUUCGUUAUGUUUGUUACGUGAUUUAAAAGCUUUAACGGAUGUAAAUUUUUACAAAUUAGCCAAAGCAUCGUUUCAAGCAUUUAUAAGAGAACAAAAGGAUUUAGUCGAUUGCUUAGAUCCAGAAUGUAGACAAGUAAGAAGACUGAAGAUUUACAGUUUCUUCUGAGGACGCCUCAAAUCUGAGUAAAGUAUGUUGCAGCAUAGUAGUGAUAAAAUAGUUUUAAAUACGAGUUCUCUGAGAGUUCGUUUGGAGAACACUCUACACUUUAAACGUAUCGUAUGUGAUGUUUACAAAAAAGAAAAUUUUAAUG